AUGGAUUCAACUCCUUCUUCCGGUGCUUCUCAAUUCCUCGCCAAUCUUCCCUCUCGCGGCACCUUCACUUCCCCCUCUAUUUUCUCUCAUCAGGGUGGGAUGCGGGUUUAUGUAUGCGAUCAUGAAACCACACCACCAGAAGGGCAACAUAUUAAGACAAAUCAACAGAAUAUUCUGAUCAGAGCACUCAAGUUGAAGAAUGUAUCCGACAAUUCAAAAAAGAGAACUGCUGAGAAGGCUUUGGGAGCUUCAGCCAAGAAACCAAAUAACCAAACAAACUCUCAACAAGAGGGAUCAAACGGUCAAACAUCCAAUAGGAACUUUCAGAGCUUGACUGUGGAGAGGCUUCGAGCUCUUUUGAGAGCCAAAGGUCUUCCAACCAAAGGAAAGAAGGAGGAGCUUAUUACUCGUCUAAAAGAUGCAGACGGGUCAGCAUAG